AUGCCGCGCCAACCGACCAAAAACCGCAUUAACAUGCACGACAUUGUCGAGCAGCCCCUCACCGCCAUUCCAGAUGCCGUGGACGCGGUCCUGCGCCGUCCAGAGCCGCUGGACGAGCUCGAGGUGCAGAGCAUCUUCUUCGAGAGCUCGUACAUACUUCUGCGGGCAGAGGAGGCGCUCUCGGCCAAGGACGGCAACGCAUUCUGUGCCCUCUUCAAGAUCUUCUCUGAGGGCUUUGCCCACAGCGAGGCCUCUUUCGAAGAGGGCAUCCGCACAAUGGUGGAGAACGAGUCCUUGCUGCAGACAAUGCACGCAAUUUUCAAAGUGGUUGUGGAGCAGGAGGCCCUGCCGCUGCACAGCGCCGGCACCGUUGAGCUUAUCCAAGUGCUCAGCAGCCUGUGCGAUGGCGCGGCGCUGAAGGACAGGUGUGGGGCGCUGUUUAUGCGGGGGUUUGCCAAGGUACUGCAGCGUGUGUACUCAAACACAGAGGAGGCGCGCCGGCACUUCCACGUGCAGCGAGGCACAGCAACGGCACUCAUCAACCUUGUGAAGGGGUCAAAGCAAAACAAACAGCGCCUGGCAUCGUGGAAGUUCGUGGCGGACUGCUGCGCUGCCUCUGUUGACGUCUUCUUCCAGUUGCAGUGUGUCGAGCUGCUGUUCCGUGUGUCGCGACAGAACAAAGACGUCUUCUCCCACCUCGGCGGCUCACUCCCGCCCGCAACGAUCGAGGAGUUGCGAGCGCUGCCCAACGACGGCACGCUGCUUUCUCGCAUGACGCUGCUGAUUGAGCACCUCAACGAGGGCCGCGCGCAGGUGCUGCGCUACCCACUGAAGGAAGUCGUUGCCGCGGAGACGACGCUGACAAGCUCCACCAAUGCCUACUUCACGCCCAACUACGUGAUUGUCAUGGUCACGGCCGCCAACGCCGACAACAUUACGAUACCGUACCGCAUCAUCCGCUCCAUUACUCUCGGCCGCGAUGGUCGCGUCAUUGUGCGACUGGAGGAGUUCCCCGUCAAGCUGGAGUUGCUGCUGAGCCACACGACGGGCAUGGACACCGUCACCUUCUACAUGGCCCAGGAGGAGCUCGCCACCUUCAAGCAGUCCACGGUACGGCAGUGGAUCGUGGAGGCGCUGCAGGUGCGGAAAGAGGAGCAACGCCACCACCGUCCACCGCAGGCACCGCGCUCCCCGGACUCCAUGGUGAAGCCAGCGGAGAAGGCGGAGCCGGUGGCACACGAGUCUUUGUCUUCCACGACGCCUGCUGCUUCUUUGCAUGAGACUUCUGAUGACACGGUCACGGCAAGGAAGAAGGCGCGGCUGGAGGGUGCCGCAGCAUCUGCUGCUGCAGUGCCCUGCACGAAUCAUCCUCCAAUUGCCGCCCUCCUGCACGUGGUGGAUGCGCUGGUGGAGCAGGCAGCUACGCCGAAUGAGGCGCAGGCGAUGUUGCUGCAGCUACGUCGGCUCAUGGAGGCUCGCAAGGAGAUGCAGCGCGGGAAAUCGAUGGAUAACCUAAGCGACGCCAUGCGGCACAUCCAAAACCGCGUUGACGAGACGCGCCGCACGGCAAAGGAGAACAGAACGGCGUGGCACCAGGCCAUGUUGGAGGAGCUGGAGCGAGUAGAGAACGUCGUAGUCGGUGCGCAGGACAAGGCGGCAGCGGGGGUGGAGCAGCUGAAUGAUCACCUGAAGAAGGUCAAGGCGAGCAACCAGGCCAUCAACGAACGGAUUGCGUGCAUGGAUAUUGAGUUGCAGCAAACCUUGGAGGAGCUCCGUGAGGAGGAGCUGCGCUGGACCAACGAGAUCCACACCAAGUGCAUGCGUGAGGCGGAGCGACUGGAGUUCGAAGUCGAUCAGCACCUUGUCAACCGUAGCCGGCCAAUGGCGCUCUUAUCGGACUACAUGCGACAGUAG